UUGUUGGCCCAGAACACAAUAUCCAGAAAAUACCAGGUAGAUCCCCGACUGCAAAACGACAACUCCCGCCCAAGUGUUGGCACCGAGCCCAACGUUGCCUCGAAGGCAGAAAUUCAAGUCCCACCUCAUAUACAAAGCUUCUGUAUAAUUCUGCGCAUUUCUAUCUUUAGUCGUCCUAAGAACACACAUUUAGUUGUGGACACCGUGUGGAUCACCGUUGGAAAAAAAAAGGGAACAAGAACAUAUAUUGCGAUUUGGAAAAGUUCCUUCUUUUCGCUUUUGGUAUAUUUAUCAAACCCAUUGCGGUCUAGGCGAUUAUGUCUUUUGAAUUGAAGGAGAAGGGUAACCAGCUCUUCAAGGAGGGGGAUUACAGUGGUGCCGAGGAGCUCUAUUCGCAAGCAAUCCACAAGAACCCGCGCGAACCGACGUUCUUUACGAACCGCGCCCUGACUCGGAUACGGCUCGAGAAAUGGGCAGACGUGGAGCAUGAUGCGCGCGCGGCGAUUAGUCUGUACGGCCCCAAGAACCCUUCUAGUCUGAAAAGUUGCUGGUACCUGGCGCAGGCGCUGUUGGGACUUCACCGGCCGCAGGAGGCAUACGAUGUGGCCAUCGAUGCGUACCGGGCGAGUUUGGCGGCCAAGAAUGUGCAGACGGAGAAUCUGUCCAAGACGGUGCUCCGUGCUAAGCAGCAGAUUUGGGCGCAGAAGGAGACGGCGCGACUGCGGGAGAUGAAUGAGACGUUGGCGAGUGUGGAGCAGUUGGUUGAGGCGGAUCUCAACCGGGCGUUGGCGGAGUUGCAGGGGAAAUUGGAUCGUAAGGAGAUUGGACAGAUUGGAUUUGUCGAGGAUCAGAAAGCACUUCGUGAAGAAGCUGAAAAGAAUAUCCAGAAUGUGCGGGACGCUUUUCGAAUUGCGUCUAAAGGGGAUAUUCAGGAGCGGGUUGUACCCGACUAUCUGGUCGACGGUAUCACAUUCGAGAUUAUGCAUGACCCUGUCAUUACUCCGUCUGGAACCAGCUUUGAUCGCAUUGGCAUCCAGAAAUACGUUGAGCAAGCGGGUGUCGACCCUAUCACUCGGACGUCUAUGACGGUCAACGAUCUGCGGCCAAACUAUGCGCUCAAAGCUGCGUGCGAAGAGUUCUUGACCAAGAACGGCUGGGCUGUAGAUUGGUAGAAGAUUUUCACCUUCUGUUACCUUUUUUCAGUUCUC